CCUGUAUUUCGGUACGAUCGUCCAUCCGAUCGUCAACGUGCUCAGUCACCAAAAUGCAACCCUUCCUAGCGGCCGUACUGCGGCUGCUCGUCGGUCUACUCAAGACCUGGCUGUAUCGUGUUUGGCUCGGACUACGGCCACCUACUUCCAACGACUGCUGUACCGUUACGCUCGGCCCGGGUAAGGUGCGUGGCCUUACACAAGUGACGACCGGCGGUACCCGCUACCAUGCGUUCAAGGGCAUUCCCUAUGCCGUGCCUCCGCUUGGUGAUCGACGGUUUCAGCCCGCAGUUCCGCUGGAAUCGUUUCAAACGCCUGUGUUGGAGUGUUUUGUUGAGCGUAGCAAGUGUUUGCAGUACGAUCAACUGCUCAAUGUGUUGGUCGGUUCGGAAGAUGGGCUGUUUCUUAAUGUGUACACACCGGCCCUGACCGGGAAUGACUCUUGUGGGCUGCUUCCCGUGAUGGUGUACAUCCACGGUGGUGGAUUCCUCAGCGGCAGUGGUGAUGCGUUCCUGUACGAUCCGGUGCACUUUAUGGAGCAGCGCGUAGUGAUCGUUACGUUCAACUAUCGGCUUGGACCACUUGGAUUUCUUUCCCUGCCUGAGGCAGGCAUUGAGGGUAAUGCGGGACUGAAGGAUCAGUUGCUAGUGUUGCAGUGGGUCCGGAACAAUAUCGGCCAGUUCGGAGGUGAUCCGGAUAAUGUUACGCUGUUUGGCGAGAGUGCAGGAGCUAAGGCGGCCUAUCUGCAUUACCUUUCUCCGGUUUCUAGGAAAUAUUUCCAUCGAGUGAUCUGUCAAAGUGGAGUCGCUUGUUCCGACUUGGCAUUUCAAGUCGAACCAAGCGAGAAAGCCCGCAAACUAGCGAAAUGUGUGGGUUAUGAAGGAUCAUCCGACCAAGAAGCGCUGGAUAUGCUCCUGAAAACACCUGCCAAAGAACUAUUCAAACACCAGCUCGCAACACUGACGGAUAGUGAACGUAACGAAGAACUCCAAUUUCCAUUCCGUCCAGUAAUAGAACGUCCUCACCCCGGUGCUAUCGUUCUCCAGCAUCCUCUCGACGCCUUACAGACAGAGCUCGAUCCACCCAUACCCCUCAUUACCGGCUGCAACAGUGGCGAAGGUAUGAUCGCACUCGCCAAAGCCCAGCACCAUCUUGCGGAGUAUAAUGCUCACCCGGAACGACUUCUGCCUCCAAUGUUACGCCUUCCCGCCAACGCAAACGAACUCGGCAAGAAGGUGAAACAAUUCUACUUCCAAACUCGUCCCAUCACCAGCGAUAUGCUCCCAGAGCUGAUGGACGUCCUGUCUGACAAUGAGUACGUUAUGGCCACGGUAACUGCUGCCGAGCUGGUGGCAAAGUUUCAACCGAAGGUGAAGCAUUACUGUUACUACUUCACGCACGACGGUCGGUGGGGAAAUUUGAAGCGAUUUCUGAAUAUGUACCAUCUGCUGGGUGUUUGCCAUGGGGAUGAUGUGUUCUACAUGUUUAGCUCGGCACUGAAUGCAACGCUACCCGGAGAUGCUGAUGAAGUUUGCGUUCGGCAAGCGUUCGUGAGGAUGUGGAGUAACUUUGCGCACCGGGGAGAUCCAACACCGGAUGAGGGUGAUCUUGCGGAGGGAUUAGUACGCUGGGAACCGGUUGAACCUUGCGCUGGAAAGAGUUACUUUAAACUGAGGUGUCUGCAGAUUGAUCGAAGCUUGAAGAUGGUAGCUAAUCCUUUCUUGAAGCGUAGUACAUUCUGGAGAGAGCUAUUCCGGACGUAUGGAUACGGUUCUAGGAAGCUGCCGGAGUGAGGUAGACAGUUGGAAUGAAGUUGGAAAGUGUUUAUCUCUAUUUGAUCUCGCAAGAGUUAGUCUCUGUACUAUAUAUUCCUAAUGGAGAUCGCGCUAUUAAGGCGAGGGAUCAUAUGUAUUACGAUUGCGUAUAUUUCUGAGCAAACUCAUAACAGUUUGUUAUUAAAUCAUAUUAUUUUUGUAAGCUAUUCAAUAAAAAUCUCAACAAUAGUAAUUCUGCAUAAAGUAA